UUGUUUUUAAUGGAUCCUAGUCUGCUUCAGGAAACACUUGUCUGCUCUGCUGUGCAACACGAAAUCAAGAUUACGCAGCAAAACAAGACGAAAUCGAAACCCUAGUUUGUGUUUAAGAUUGACCCAGUUUGGGAACUGGAAGUAGAAGGAGACAAAGAAAGCACAUUGUGUUGAGAGCGAUUCGGAUCAGCGAUGGGAUCUGGUAGUGGAAGCUUCCUCAAAGUUCUCUUGAAAAACUUCGAUGUUCUUGCCAUGCCUGUGGUCAGUCUUCUUUAUCCUCUGUAUGCAUCAAUCAGGGCAAUUGAGUCCAAAUCUCCUGUGGAUGAUCAGCAGUGGCUUACUUAUUGGGUUCUCUAUUCAAUGAUCACUCUCUUUGAACUCACCUUUGCUAAACUUAUUGAAUGGAUCCCAAUUUGGCCAUAUGCAAAACUGAUAUGGACCUGCUGGUUGGUGAUCCCGUACUUCAGUGGCGCUGCAUAUGUUUAUGAGCAUUAUGUGAGACCCUUUUUUGUCAACCGCCAGAGUAUUAACAUAUGGUAUGUUCCGAGGAAGAAGGACGUAUUGGACAAACAAGAUGACAUCCUAACUGCUGCUGAAAAAUACAUUGAAGAGAAAGGCCCAGAAGCUUUUGAAAAACUCAUUAACAGGGCUGAUAAGUCGAGAAGGAGCAGCGGUUAUACAGUGUAUGACGAAGACCCCAGAUACUGAACUAAUGUAAGCGAUGUCUGUGUACGCCCAGCAUGAUGCUGUGGAUAAGAAAAUAGUUUGUUGUUGGUAGAGUUAAUUAGUAGUGAUGUGGUUUUCCUGGAUGCUGGAUGUGGAAGCUUUUGUCUUUGUUGCAAAGAUGAAGGAAUACAAAACUGUCUACACACUAUAGUCUCUAAUUAUCGUUGGUUGCUCAAUUUUCUACUAUGUGCACCCUGAAUGUGGCCCUGCACCUUUUUGUCCAAGGACAUAGGAUGUGCAGUUUGUUACACAGUAACACAUUGCAUUUUGCUUUUA